UCAGGCUAAGGGAGGAGACUAAGGAAGUCGUGGGGGGCGGUUUGGAGGUUUUCCCGCCCACCGCAACUGGGAGGGAAGACGAGAUGGUUUAGUGAUACAUGAAAAGAUGAGGAAACAUUUCAGAGGAAAACAGGGGAGGUAAAGACGGGAUAAAAGUAACAGUGAUAAUGGAAAACACAGACAAAAGCACAGUGAAGCCAACAACAGGGAGAGAUCAAAAAGGAGAUCACAGUCAUGAAACACAAGGGAAAAAACCGUAGGACAAGACAAGUGAGGUGGACGCCGAAAUUUGGACUUGGGAAGAUGUAGAAAUAGGAGAUGGAAGAGGGGGAGGGAGAAAACAGAGAAGAGGAGUUGGAAGACUUCAGAGAAGCCGAGGAAUGAUGACUUCUUACUUCUCAUCUCAGGCUCAACCCGGCGGUGCCUCCUUUCCCAAAUACUCCUCGCCUCUCCGCCCCUACCUCAGAGCUGCACCUGCUGUGAGCGUAGCGGUCGCCUUUGAAUGGUCUCUGCUACCCCCAAGCGGCCCUUCUGGGUACUGCCAGAGUGAGAAGUAGGAGAGGAGGACCAGCCAUCAAUGGGAGGAUCAGUUUGGGGGAGACACCCAGCGCAGGAGGCUGAGCUAAAAGGGGAGCACUAAGACCCAGGGGUUGUGGAGUACGAGGCAACGAACUGCAGAAGGAGGGGGAGAAGUAGGCGGUAGGGGGUAGGGGUGGAAGCCAUCUGGUACCUUGGUUGCAUAGCAAGCAUCGGCCAUAGCGUCAGAAAUGGCUAGUCAAUCCCAGGGUAUACAGCAGCUCCUGCAAGCUGAGAAGCGAGCGGCUGAGAAGGUGGCAGAUGCUAGAAAGAGGAAGGCCCGGCGUCUGAAGCAGGCAAAGGAGGAGGCACAGAUGGAAGUGGAGCAAUAUCGCCGAGAGCGAGAGCAGGAAUUCCAGAGCAAGCAGCAGGCAGCCAUGGGCUCCCAGGGGAACCUGUCAGCUGAGGUGGAGCAGGCUACAAGGCGCCAGGUGCAGGGCAUGCAGAGCUCCCAGCAGAGAAACCGUGAGCGUGUCCUGGCCCAGCUUCUUGGCAUGGUUUGUGACGUCAGGCCCCAGGUCCAUCCCAACUACCGGAUUGCUGCCUAGAACUCGUCAUAAGACCUGACUUCUGACAGUUUCCUCCCUCGAAGAAAUCUCCAAAACAAAACAAAGUUACUUCCCACCAUAAUCCUCUUUUCCUCCCAUUCCCCAGAAAUUCUAGGAGGCAGGAUCCAGUAAUUCUGUGAAGUUUAUAAAUAUCUUGCUCAGACCUUGUAUACUCCCACGUUACUCCCAUCCAUGGCCUUUGUGAAAUUCGUUGCAUGCAGAAGUAGGGAUGUUAAAAACAUCCUUACCUCUGUCCUCCUCCCCAUCCUGCCACUUGCUGGCUGCACAACUGGGACUACGUCAUAUGUAGCUUCAGUAUCCUCCUCUGCAAGACUGUGAUAAUAAUAAAUUGAUAACAAUGGUGGUAAUGUUGCCUAACUUAUGGGGUUGCUGCAAUGGUUUAGGAGUCAUUCUGUAAAGAGCUUAGUAUGGCUUCUGGCAUGUAGGAGCUGUACAACGCUGUUAUUACCUCUACCUGUCGAAACCUAAACACAGAUGUUUCUUCACUUCUGUCCGUGGCUCUCUAAUUCUACUCAUUUAUUCUGUGACCCUAGUAAUAGAUUUGGUACUUUCCAUUUUUUCCCCCAGAGACCUUAUGAUCCCUGACAAGAUGAAAUGAUGGCCUCAUUUAGGCUCUGUACUAUGUUUCCAAGAAGAUGUUGCAUUUCUUUAUAUCUCUUGGUCUUUCUCUUUACUGGGUUUCCCUCUUUUGCUGUUUCCCCAAAGACCCAUCAGAAACUCACUGCUUCCUGAGAUCUGAAAUGCUGCUGUUCCCCUGUGUGCACGGCCUUCCUCUCUACAUCUUCAACACCUUACUUUUCCCUUGUAACAGUAAAGAAGUGUCAAUAAAAUAAUCAUGGGCAAACCAAUUGGUGUGUUGAAGCGGCCUC